AUGGUUGUGUUUUACAAAAAGACUGACGCCGCCGGUAUCCAGUCCGAUGACUCGAAGAUCUGUGUGGUGAUGGUUGGCUUGCCGGCCCGAGGCAAGAGUCUCAUUGCUGGCAAGGGUAAGUGCUUGUUGACGCUCUGCUCCACCCAUACUGACAGUCCUCCAGCCAUGCGUUACCUGGGCUGGGUGGGAAUCCCAGCGCGUGUCUUCAACGUGGGCAGCUAUCGCCGUCACAGCACGCCCCAGCCGGCUGCCACCUUCUUCGAUCCUCACAACGAAGAAGGCGAGCGCAUGCGCCGGGUCGCCGUUGAGGCUGCCAUGACGGACAUGCUCAGGUGGUUCGAGUCCGGCAAGGGCGUCGUCGCCAUCCUGGACGCGACCAACUCUACCAAGGCGCGGCGUGCGUGGAUCUAUGAGAAGUGCCACCAGGCCAAUAUCGAGACUCUGUUUGUAGAAUCCAUCUGCGAUGACGAGGACCUGAUCAUGAACAAUAUCCUCGAGGUCAAGACGACCUCCCCGGACUACAAGGGCCAGGACCCUGAGGCUUCGGCGCUGGACUUCCGCACUCGCAUUCGCAACUACGAGAAGGCUUACGAGACCAUCGACGACCACGAGAAGCACUUCACCUACGUCAAGCUCAUCAACGUUGGCUCCACUGUAAUCAUCAACCAGAUCAAGGACUACCUCUCCAGCCGCCUAGUGUACUACAUUCAGAACCUCCACAUCAAGCCCCGCUCGAUCUGGCUGUCUCGUCACGGCGAGUCCGAAUUCAACCUGACAGGCCGUAUCGGCGGCGACUCCAACAUCUCGGAGCGCGGCGAGAGAUACGCGAAGGCCCUGCCCUCCCUCCUCCGCAAAUCCGGCGUCCCGCCAAACACGAAGAUCGUCAUCUGGACCUCAACCCUCAAACGCACGAUCCAAACCGCCCGCCACCUGAAAGCCGAAACCGGCUACGAGAAGCUGGAAUGGAAAGCACUGGACGAGCUAGACUCCGGCCUCUGCGACGGGCUGACCUACGAACAAAUCGCCGAGAAGUACCCGGAGGAUUUUGCCGCCCGCGAUGAGGACAAGUAUAACUAUCGCUACCGCGGCGGCGAGUCCUACCGCGACGUGGUGAUCCGUCUCGAACCCAUCAUCAUGGAGCUGGAACGCUCCGAGAACGUUAUCAUCGUGACCCACCAGGCUGUGCUGCGCUGCAUCUAUUCGUAUUUCUUGAAUGUGCCCCAGGAGAAGAGUCCCUGGAUGGAGGUUCCGCUGCACACGCUGAUCAAGCUCACCCCCCGCGCUUAUGGGACGGACGAGCAGCGCUUCAAGGCUGAUAUCCCAGCUGUGUCGACUUGGAGGGGGAAGGGAUCGUCAGCAAAGCAUCAAGAUUAUCCGAAGGAGGCCGAGGUAAAGGAAGAUGGCGAGUCCAAGGAGGAGGGUGGGAAGUAA